AUGGCGACCACCUCCAACAUGUUCCUUUACUCGCUGACGAUCCAGCCGCCAACCAACGUCGUCCAAGCGAUUCUGGAUUUUGUCAUUGUCUCCUCUGACUCGGGCCGUAUCACCAUUGUCGAGUACGACCCUGUGCAAAACCGCUUCGCGCGGGUUCAUAUGGAAACAUAUGGAAAAUCAGGCGUCCGGAGAGUCGUUCCUGGAGAGUACCUGGUGUGCGACCCUAAAGGCAGGGCCUUUCUUGUCGCUUCCAUCGAAAAAAACAAGCUCGUCUACAUCUUGAACCGCGUCUCGGGCGGCAGCAAUCCAGAAGGGAACCUGGCGGCAGAGCUAACGAUAUCGUCGCCCCUCGAAGCUCACAAGCCUAGAGUUCUUGUUCUCUCAAUGGUGGCUCUAGAUGUCGGAUAUUCAAAUCCCGUCUUUGCAGCCCUCGAGAUCAAUUGCUCAGCCCUCGAUCCGGACACCAGCGAAGAGGGGCUGGACGAGGUUCAGACCCAACUGGUAUACUAUGAGCUAGACCUCGGCCUCAACCAUGUCGUCCGGAAGUGGUCCGAACCCGUUGAUCCUACCUCUUCCCUGCUCUUUCAAGUCCCCGGAGGCUCUGACGGUCCCAGCGGUGUCCUGAUUUGUGGCCUGGAAAGCAUAACCUACAGGCACAGCAACCAGGAGCCCCUGCGCAUCGCGAUUCCGAGGCGUCGAGGCGCAACGGAGGAUCCCACCCGCAAGCGCUCCAUUGUCGCCGGAAUCAUGCACAAGCUGAAAGGUAGCAGCGGCGCUUUCUUCUUUCUCCUCCAGACUGAAGACGGUGAUCUCUUCCGCGUAACCAUGGACAUGGUCAAGGACGACGCCGGCAAGCCCACUGGGGAGGUCAGAAAGCUCACCAUCAAGUACUUCGAUACCGUCCCGGUUGCGACGAGCUUCUGCAUCCUCAAGAGCGGUUUCCUCUAUGUCGCCAGCCAGUUUGGAAAUGCCGGCUUCUAUCAGUUCGAGAAGCUUGGAGACGAUGAUGGAGAAAUGGAGUUCACCAGCGAUAGCUUCCCGGUUGACCCGCACGCUUCGUACGAUCCCGUCUACUUCCACCCUCGAAAGGCGGAAAACAUCACCAUGUUUCAGAGCAUCCCGUCGAUGAAUCCACUCACGGACUGCAAAGUCGCCAACCUGACGGGAGAUGAUGCUCCCCAAAUUUACACAAUCUGCGGCACCGGCGCCCGCUCCUCGUUCCGUACACUCAAGCAUGGUUUGGAUGUUACCGAAAUUGUUGGUUCCGAGCUACCAGGCGCCCCGGUGGCCGUGUGGACACUGAAACUGAACCGAGAUGACCAAUACGAUGCCUACAUCGUUCUCUCCUUCGGUAACGGAUCUCUCAUUCUCAGCAUCGGAGAAACGGUAGAAGAGGUUAGCGAUUCUGGCUUUCUCACCCAGGUGCCCACCCUCGCGGCACAGCUCCUGGGCGAAAACGGCCUGCUUCAAGUCCACCCGAAGGGCAUCCGAGUCGUUCGCAACGGACAGGCCUCCGACUGGGAGGUGCCCCAGCAUCGCUCGAUCGUUUCCGCCGCAACGAACGCAAAGCAGGUGGCCGUUGCCCUCAGUUCUGGAGAGAUCAUCUAUUUCGAGGCCGAUGAUGAAGGCAACCUCAACGAAUUUGAAGAUAGAAAGGAGAUGACCGGCACCGUCACCGCCCUGAGUCUGGGCGAUGUUCCCGAGGGCCGAGUUCGCAGCUCCUACCUCGCCGUGGGAUGCGACGAUUGCACAGUCCGCAUACUCAGUUUGGAUGCCGGUUCCACUCUCGAAAGCAAGUCGGUCCAGGCCCUGACAGCUGCGCCCACAUCCUUGGCCAUCAUCGCCAUGGAUGACGCUUCGUCAGGCGGGUCAACCCUGUAUCUCCAUAUCGGCCUGCAUUCCGGAGUCUACCUGCGCACCGUCAUAGACGAGGUCUCGGGCGAGUUGACUGACACGCGCCAAAAGUUUCUCGGUCCGAAGCAGGUCAAGCUUUUCCAGCUCACGGUCGAAGGCAAAACCUGCGUGCUCGCGCUGAGCUCAAGGCCAUGGCUUGGAUAUCCCGAUCCCAUCACCAGCAGCUUCGUAAUGACGCCUCUAAAUUUCUCCGAGCUCCAAUUUGGCUGGAAUUUCACCAGUGAGCAGUGUGAGGAGGGGCUCGUCACAAUCCAUGGUCAGGAACUAAGCAUUCUUUCCAUCGAGCGGCUCGGUGACACGCUUACCCAUAAAUCCGUCUCCCUGACCUACACGCCGAGAAAGCUCAUCAAGCAUCCUGAGCAGCCACUCUUCUACACCAUCGAAGCGGACAACAACACUCUUUCGCCCGAUCUGCGGGAGAAGUUGCUUGCUGAUCCUGCAGCGAUGAAUGGCGACUCGGCGGUUCUUCCGCCGGAUACGUUUGGUUAUCCGAGAGGAAACCACCGCUGGGCGUCGUGUAUCAGCGUCAUUGACCCUGUCUCUGCCGAUGAGCCUCAGGUGCUCCAGACGCUGGAACUGGACAAUAACGAAUCUGUUGUCAGCUGCGCGAUUGUUCCCUUCGCAAGCCAGGAUGGAGAGCAUUUCCUCGUUGUUGGCACUGGAACGAAUAUCGUGGUGAAUCCGCCAAGCUUCUCAAGCGCUCAUAUCAACAUUUAUCGUCUCAACGAUGGCGGCCGAGCGCUUGAAUUCGUCCACCGAACACCCGUCGAAGAUCUUCCGUCUGCACUGCUCGCUUUCCAAGGCAGAGCAUUGGUCGGCAUUGGCAAGACACUGCGAGUGUACGACCUUGGCAUGCGACAGCUGUUGCGAAAAUCACAGGCCGAGGUGUCCCCUCGGAAGAUCGUGUCCUUGAAUGCGCAGGGGAACCGAAUCGUCGUUGGAGAUGUCCAGCACGGCAUCACAUACGUGGCGUUCAAACAAACAUCCAACAAGCUCAUCCCCUUUGUCGAUGAUUACGUGGCCAGAUGGACCACCUGCUCAGCCAUGGUGGACUACGAAUCGGUCGCCGGAGGUGACAAGUUUGGCAACAUUUUCAUCGUUCGCUCCCCCCCCAAAGCGAGCCAGGAAGCGGAUGAGGAGGAGACGGGCAUUCAUCUGCUGAACGCUAGAUCCUACCUGAACGGAACCCCGAACCGUCUAAACCUCAUGUGCCACUUCUACACUGGGGAUACUCCUACCAGUAUCGCAAAGACGAGCCUGGUAGUUGGCGGUCAGAGCGUGCUCCUUUGGAGCGGGCUUAUGGGCACGAUUGGUGUUUUCAUUCCCCUCGUCACCCGCGAAGACGCCGAUUUCUUCCAAACGCUCGAGCAACACCUUCGAACCGACGACCCGCCACUGUUGGGACGGGAUCAUCUGAUGUAUCGUGGCUACUAUGCUCCCGUCAAAGGCGUAAUCGACGGUGACUUGUGCGAACGAUACAAUUUGCUUCCUAACGACAAGAAGAUGAUGAUUGCGGCGGAGCUGGAUCGCUCGGUCCGAGAAAUUGAGCGAAAGAUCUCUCACGUCCCCGAAACCCUACCUCUUGGGGCGUCGCAACUUGCGGCUCUCAGCGACGGAUACCCAGAACAGCUGCUGCAACUCGCAUCUUCAGGACUGUAUUUGACUUCAACGGAGCCAUCCCCAGCGCUGAAGAUGAGCAAACCCGGCCUGUCCUUUGGGCUCAAUGUGCGGAAGAAGCCGGGUCCUGCGAAGCCUGUCCCGUCGAAACGGAAGCCACUUUUUGGCGGUGACGACGAUUCCGACGAUGGCAAUGCGGAUGGCGAGGCAUGCACUGAAAUUGGAGGGCGUUUGGACCUCGAUGGCACGACCUCGGAACAAUCUUCAAGUCAAGUUGCUAAGCAGAGGGGCGCUCUGCCCACACAACCGCCGAAGCUCAAACCGAAGUCGCAGAAGGCUGUAUUUGGAGACCUUUCCAACACUCUGUCAUCCAAAAAGAACGCUGAGACGGCCGAAAAGCUAGACCCCAGUGUCUACGAGUACGACUCAGUCUACGACUCCCUCAAGCCCACGAAGGAGGCUACGACAGAGGAUGUGGAACGAAAACCGAAAUACAUGAAGAGCCUUAUGCAGGCGGCAGAGGUACGAAAGCGUGAUGCGCUGAUUGCCGAGGAGAAAAAGAUUGCGCGCGAGCGCGAGGCUGAGGGCGACGAGUACGCGGAUAAAGAGAAGUUUGUUACCGAGGCGUAUAAGAAGCAGCAGGAGGAGAACAAGAGACUGGAGGCGGAAGAAAGAAAGAGGGAGGAGGAAGAGGCAAAGAAGAACGAGGGUGGCGGCAUGUCUGCCUUUUACAGAAAACUCCUCGACCAGGGCGACGAGAGGCAUAGCCGGGUAGUCAAGGCGGCUGAGGAGAGAGCGAAGCAGGGUCCGCAGACGGAUCAAAAGAGUGACGAGGAGAUGGACAAGGACAAGGCUGAAGCAAGGCUCGCGCAAGAUCUGAAUGAGAAAGGCGCAUCUAUCGCGCUGAACGAAGACGGCGAGGUUGUCGACAAGCGCCAACUUCUUCAAGGGGGUCUCAACGUCGGCGCCAAGAAAAAACAGGCUGUUGAGCACGAAGCGGGUCGGGCCAGGGAAAGCAGCCGGAGCCAUUUCAGCGGUGCACAAGUCGACAGGAAGCAAGCCAUGAGGGAACGCCAGACGCGUAUGUUGGAGGAGCAACUGGAACAAUCGUUGAAGCGUUCGAGGGAGGACGAGAAGGCUCAACGCGAGGAAGUCGAGCGCACAGCAAAGAGCCGCAAGACAGAGGGUGAGAUCUCGAGUGCGAGGGAGAGAUACCUGGCAAGAAAGCGCGAGGCGGAGGAGGCCAAGAAACAGGGCUCGACGGAAUAG